ACCCUCUGCCUCUCCCCUGGGCGCUGCAGGAAGUGGAGCUGCGGUUGCUGGGAGAGGCGGCCUGUCAGUGUCUCUAUAGCCGACCUGGCCCCUUCAACCUCACUUUCCAGCUACUGCCAGGGAUGCUGUGUGCUGGCUACCCAGAGGGACGCAGGGACACCUGCCAGGGUGACUCCGGAGGACCUCUGGUCUGCGAGGAAGGCGGCCGCUGGUUCCAGGCGGGAAUCACUAGCUUUGGCUUUGGCUGUGGGCGGAGAAACCGCCCUGGGGUCUUCACCGCUGUGGCUCCCUAUGAGGCGUGGAUACGGGCUCGGGUGAUGGGCUCAGAGCCUGGGCCUGUCUUUCCCCGCCAGCCGCAGCAGCCCCAGUCAGGCCCCCCGGCGCCCGGGGAGGAGAACUGCACCAUCGCGCUGCCAGAGUGCGGGGAGGCUCCGAGGCCCGGGUCUUGGCCCUGGGCAGCCCAGGUGACGGUUCCAGGAUCCAGACCCUGCCACGGGGCGCUGGUGUCUGAAAGCUGGCUCUUGGCUCCUGCCAGCUGCUUCCUGGACUCGGGCGCCUCGGACAGCCGGCCCAGCGACCUGGACGCCUGGCGGGUGCUGCUGCCCUCGCAACCGGCGCCCGGCCCCAGCGCGCAGCUGGAAGCCGAGCUUUUGAGCGGCUGGUGGUGUCACUGCCUAUACGGCCGUCAGGGGGCGCCAGUGCCGCUGGCGGGCGACCCGCCGCGCGUGCUCUGCCCCGCCUACCAGGAGGAGGAGGAGGCGGGCCGCUGCUGGAAUGACUCCAGCUGGAGCCUGGUGUGCCGGGAGAAGGGGACCUGGUUCCUGGCCGGAAUCAGAGGCUUCUCUGGUGGCUGUCUCCGUCCUCGAGUCUUCUCCCCGCUGCAGACGCACGGCCCCUGGAUCAGCCACGUGACGCGGGGAGCCUACCUGGAGGACCAGCUAGCCUGGGACUGGGGCCCCGAGGGCGAGGUCACUGAGCCACAGACCUGUCCCCCUCACACAGAGCGCGGUGCCUGCGGCCUGCGGCCAGAGUCUGCUCCAGCUGGGGUGCUUUGGCCCUGGCUGGCAGAGGUACAUGUGGCUGGUGACCGAGUCUGCACUGGGAUCCUUGUGGCCCCAGGCUGGGUCCUGGCAGCCACCCACUGUAUCCUCAGAGCGGGCUCUACAACAGUGCCUUACGUUGAAGUCUAUUUGGGCAGGGCAGGGGCCAGCCCCGUCCCACAGGGCCAGCAGGUGUCCCGCUUGGUCAUCAGCAUCCGCCUGCCCCGGCACGUGGGACUUGGGCCCCCCCUGGUCCUGCUGGAGCUGAGCUCCCGGGUGGAGCCUUCGCCGUCUGCCCUCCCCGUCUGCCUCCACCCCGGGGGCGUCCCCCCAGGGGCCAGCUGCUGGGUGCUGGGCUGGAAGGACCCUCAGGACCGAGUCCCUGUCGCCGCGCCUGUCACCAUCCUGACACCACGACUCUGUCACUGCCUGUACCAGGGCAUUCUGCCUCCUGGGACCCUCUGUGUCCUCUAUGCAGAGGGCCAAGAGGACAAGUGUGAGGUGACCUCGGCACCACCCCUCCUGUGCCAGACUGAGGGAGGCUCCUGGGUCCUCACGGGCCUGGCUGUCCGGGGGAGCCGGGAGCUGUUUGCAGCCAUUGGCCCAGAAGAGGCCUGGAUCUCCCAGACAGUCGGAGAGGCCCACUUCCUGCCCCCCAGUGGCCCGCCCUACUGGCUCACGGAAGGCAGUGACCUGUGUCCCCCAGACCUGGCGGGGGCCUCGGGCGCCCCCGGAGCUGCCGCUCUGUUCCUGCUGCUCCUGCCUCCCCUGAUCCAGGGCUGGUGAGCCCGCCUCCCACAGCCACGUCUUCCCUGCCGCCGCCAGCAGGGCAGGAAUGUGGCUGGACCAGCCAGCUGCAGGCUCGUGGGGCGCCCAUGCAUCCACCGAGCACCUCACCUGGACUGCCGCCUCCCGUGAUUGGGCCUCAGUGCUGGCUAUUUUGGGCCCAGGAAUCCUCGGGGAGGAGGCGCAGAUAAUAAAGGCGUAAACACAGA